GUUGACGCCCAGGUUCUCCAUCUCCAGUCUUACAAGCCCGACUCGCAACACAUUGGUUUGCGUCCCGAUGCUGGCCUGAAUAUGCUCACAUCGGCACUGAGUCGCGAGGGCCCUACUGCAGUACAUGUCAAUACCAGCAAGGCAGAAAAGCAACACACGCCUUUUUAGUUGACGGAGGCAAAUGGGCAAAGGCACGGCAGGCCCGACCUAAUGGACUCACCAACCCAGAUACUUAGGCACUCAAGUACCUACCGAGGCCGUGAAAGACCCAAUUUAUCAGCCAGCCAGGCGCUCCCGCUGCACCUUGCACCUGCUUGACCCUCUCGCUCUCGCUCGCUCGCUCUCCCUCUCAGGUCUUCUCCCUCCAACCCUCCACUUCCCCCGUCAGUCAACACUCUCUUUGACAACCUUCUUUCAUCGCCAACACCAUCGCGACACCCCCAAACCAUCGAUCUGGUGCGCUCUUUUGAUUGCGAUCGCUCCUUUGAGGUCUGCCAUAGGCGUCUAAUUGACUCCACGGCCCUCGCGCGUCGCAACCACGCAUUUAAUCACCCGACUUACUGACCCACAGCCUGCCGCUCCCCCCCGUGACAAGACGAGACAAGACGCUCCCAGCUUCUGUCCCCCUCGCCUCCAUCUCGCAUGAGACGACGGUCCUUGCGCUGCUAGAGUUUUCGCCUGGGUCAUUCUGGCAAACGGGAGGGCUUGGCCUUCGAGGAAACUUGACACGUUGGGCGACUGUUGAGGGAGGGUUUUGCUAUUCAGCCACUCCAUUUCGAUUGUUUUCGAACAUCGGGCGAAUAGGCGGCCUGCUGGCAGAUUGUAAUAAUUUUUCUAUUCAUUAUCCGCUGGGCUCCCCGUUCAACAAGUAUUGUCCUUUCGAGUACAAUCAGAAUUGAUAUUUUCCCCCCGCUUUGCAAAAGUCUGGUCAAGUUGAAGCAAAAGAAGCGAUUUUGAGAAGUCACUCGUCUUGAAAAAAAGAAAAGACCAGAGAAGAAGAAACAAGAUCAAGAACACACAUCAACUACCUUAUUACGUUCCCCCUUGUCGUGCGACCAUCUUCGAAAAGAAGCCUUCAACCAACAACGCUGCUCCACACAGCGCCUAACUUCCAGUGCCCGUAAGUGUCCUGCGGCCCUCGCUUCCUUGCGGACUCGCACACACUGGUCUUCGACAGCAUCGACAGUCUCUGGAUCAUCUCAACCGACUGCCCCUCAGAACCAGUAAUCACAGGCCAGGAUGGCGUCCUCAGUCUUUGUCAAGUUCAUGUCGCAGAAAGAGCCGCGACGAAUAGAAUUCGACGGCACCGGCAUAUCUGUCUUUGAGCUGAAGCGGGACAUCAUCAUCAAGAACGGCCUUGACAGAAGCGGAACGGAUUUUGACCUUGCCCUCCUCAAUGAGGACGGAAGCGAAGAAUACGACGAUGACACCACCGUCAUCCCCCGUUCGACCACGGUGCUCGCGCGGCGUCUUCCCGCCAUGAGGCCUGGCGCUGGACGUGCCGCCCGCUAUGUCUCCGGCAAGAUGCCCACCAAUGCAAAGAACGCCUCUCGACGGGAGCAGGCCACCAAAGCCGCAGCAGCAGCCAAGUCACAAUCCGAUGCCAUCGCCAAGAUGGCCUCCGCUAUGACCGAAGAGGAGAAGAUGAUGGCCAUGUUUGCAGCACAGGGAGCGGAAUGGACUGCUCAACAAGAGGAGAUGUCUCACCAGCAACCAGUCUACAAGCCAGGCUCCAAGAAGCCGGCCAACGUCCCCGACCACGAGCCUCCAAACGGUUAUGUGUGCCAUCGUUGCGGCGAGAAGGGCCACUGGAUCCAACAAUGCCCGACCAACGACAACCCCGAAUACGACAAUCGCCCUCGCGUCAAGCGAACCACUGGCAUCCCGAAAUCAUUCCUGAAGACCGUGGACAAGGCAACUGUCCUCGCUCAAGGGGCGGACGGUGACGACUCCAAGACGCCUGCAGGAAUCAUGGUGAACGCGGAUGGGGAGUUCGUGAUCGCAGAGCCCGACAAGGCAUCCUGGCAGAAGUUCCAGGCCAAAGCACAGGGCUCGGCUGAGGCAAAGAAGAUUGCCGCCCAGGGCGAGAAAGAGCUACAGGAGAGGGGCUUGGAGUGCGACAUCGACAACAAAAUGUUCAUAGACCCAAUGAAGACACCCUGUUGUGCGAAGACGUACUGCAAUGACUGCAUUACUAAUGCGCUUAUCGAGGGCGACCUGGUCUGUCCAUCAUGUCAGACUGAAGGUGUGCUCAUCGACGACCUGAAGCCUGACGAGGAGGCCACAGCCAAGAUCGAGGAGUAUCUCAAGGAGAAGGAACAGGCCAAGAAGGAGCGGUCCAAGACCCCCGAGGCAGCCAAGUCGCCUGCUGCCGAUGAGUCCAAGGAGAACAAGAAGUCCGACGAAGCUGUCGACGGCACAGACGGUACGACAAAGGCCAAGACUAAAUCGCCCACACCACCUCCCUCGGCGAAAUCGCCAGCGGGAGACGUGUCCUCCAAGUCAACACCAGUCAAGAAGGAUGAUGCGCCCGCUGUCAACGGCAACCAGCCGAACUCGAAGAAGCGGCCUGCGGAGGAGCCCGCCGGCAACCAGCCGGACAUCAAGAUACCCAAGGGUCCGAAGGCUAUGAUGCAGAAGCAACAGCAGAUGCAGCAGCCGCAGCCGCAGCAGGGGAUUAACGGCAUGAUGCCCGAUUUCAUGGGCAUGAAUGGAAUGAACGGCUUCCCGCCAAUGGGCAUGCCAAUGGGCAUGAACGCAAUGAACGGCUUUCCUCCCAUGGGUAUGCCGAUGGGCAUGAUGAACGGCGGCUUCAAUAUGAACAACUUUAAUCCCAUGAUGAAUCCCAUGAUGAUGAAUGGCGGGUUCAAUGGCCCAAACGGGUUCGGCAUGAAUGGCGGCGGUUUUCCCACUGGCCCUAGUGCUAUGAACGGUGGUGCUCCUAACCACUUCAAUGGGCCCAUGAAUGGCGGUGGCCCAGCGAACGGUGGAGGUUCUGGCUUCAACCGCGCUGGCCCACCCACCGGCCCUAGACAGCCUAAUUUCCCCCAGGCACCUAACAACAACGGCGGCGCUGACGAAGACGCCUACUUUCGGAAGCCCGUCAACCCCCACCGUCACCAGAACCGUCAGCGUCGGGUCCGGCCGAGUGACUAUCGCGAGCUCUAGGCGGGCGACGUGAAGGCGACACCACCAUUCCAGGGUUACCGACCACGUUAGAACAUCACGACUUCCACGACCGGCUGUACAUUACCUUUACACUAUUCGUGUCUGCAAUUGAUGCAUGCAUUUUUCUGGCUUGCCCUCGCGGGACAGCCAUGGCCUUGGCCAGGACGUGCGAUGUGGCAUGACCAGGGUGCUAUAUCAAGUUCUUCGGUAGGCUGGGGGGCCACAACAUGAUCUUCAGAGCAAAAUGAGCUGCAUUCGGAGAGGCGUCGGCGUUUCGGGCCAGCAAGAGCACGGCAAGUGCAUCUAGGCUGUGAGGGACUGGAAGAUAAGGCGCAAUGCCUGCUGGUUUGGUUUGGCACUUGAGUCUC